AUGACGAUCGGUGAAUCGACCGUAGACAGCCUGCCUUUGGAGUUUCUCAACCUGCCUGAGACCUCGAUGCCUUCAGUGGAAGAGAUGAAUACUGGCUCACAUGAGCCGAUGCAGCUGCCUGACCAGAAGGCAUCCCGAAUAGCCUGCCAUGAAAUGUCGGCCGAUGCCAAACCGGUCAAGUCCAGUAAAGUGAAACCUCAGACCACAGAGAAUGCACCUUCCACCAUAGCACCAACAUGUUUUGCCACACAUGGUACAUAUGGGGUACUUGACUUGGGAGCGUCGAAGACGGUUGUAGGUGCCGACUCAGUUUCAGCUUUGAUUGAUGGCCUGGAUCCAUCAUUGCGAGAACGCCUGACCCGAUGCCCAUGUGAUAUCACCUUCAAGUUUGGAAACCAAGGAUCAACCUUUGUCACCACAUCCGAGAGUCGCCAAACAGACAGCGGUCCCAACUCUGACUCCACCGCUGCAGUAGGUCGUCACCGAAACAUGUCACUGAUCGCCCGACUGAAGAACCUUCAGCAGACAGCCGAGCCAGUGAUCCCCGACAUGAGCGAUCAGACGAUCGAGAGCCUGGAGAACCUGACCAUAGAGUUCGGCCAGAAGCACAAGGGCAAGAAGUACCACGAGGCAUGGACAGACCAGGAAUGGGUUCAAUUCAUGGUGACCAGGUAUUCCAAGUCGUCGAACCCAGAUCAUCAAAGGUUCCUCAAAUAUGUAGAGCUCAUGAUUGUGUUUCACGAGGAAAGUCAGUUGCCAAUCACCAUGAAUCCCAUCGCCGAUCGUGGUAUCGUGACCGGCCAUCCGACUGUCCAUGGACACCCAGUGCCCAAAGCCAAGGCCAAGGCCAAAGGCCAGGCACGUACUAUGGGAUACAAUGUCCAUAUGCAGGUUCCCAACCAUUUGCCCGAUCUGGACCCGGCAGACUCCGAAUGGGAGAAUCAUUCCAUGAUGUACCAAACGGAAUUUAUUCCGGAGAACUUGGUCAGCCAGAGCCCCGAGUUCCAAGCGAUGAGCCAAAGGCUCUUGCACAUGGAGAAUGCGCUGCAACGGGUCAUCGGCCAUCUGGAACAUCAAGCUCAGGGCACCAGCCCGACUCUCGAGGUUAUCACAAAGGCAGGUCAUGCCUGGCCAUUCCAGUGGCACACCGGCCUGAUGGUGGAAGCUUCUCAGCCGACUGAGAGCGUCCCGGUGUUAGUUGCUCGAAAGAUCCCUUCUGAAUUCAAAAGGAUGCUGCAGGUGCGCGAGAUUGCCCGAAAGGCCUAUCACAGCGCCGACAACUGUGAAACCCUCCGGAGAGCCUUGCUUAGACUAGCCCAUCCCGAAGAAGUGGACGAGACCGAGACACCAAUGCCACCGGAGGAAAUCACGGAAAUGCAACGGCAGAUCGAUCGCAUGCCAGAACAGCAAGGAGAUCAGACGGAGGCAAGCAGCGAAGAUCUGCCUGAAGGAGUAUCAGAGGGUGAGCUGCUCCUGCUCACAUGCCAUGAGCCUGCAGAUGCCGUAGCCGACUUGAGUGCAUUUGACCUUGCCUGGAAGUGCGAACUUGAAGUUGACCAGGCACUCGCCCAGAUAAUCACCGAAACCAAUGCAUCAGACGAGGUACGCUUGGCCAGUCGUUUGAUCUUUUUGCCGCACAGUUUCUUAGUCAAUGAGCUUCGGAAAGCGCGACAUUUGAAGUCUGCCGGAGGACAAUCAAAGACCUUUCGCCGCGAGGAUGAGGCUACGGAGGAUGCCGCCACGGAGCACGCGAUGACGGGGGAAGGCAAAAAGUUCGAUGGGAGUUUUUCGAUCCAGAACUGGUUUCCACAGCCCAGUCGUUUGCAGACGCACAACACGGUGGCUUCAACGAUGGACCCAGGAAAUUCUCGAGGUGCAGGCGACCGACCCGAACGUCAACGGCGAAGCACCAUGACCAGCUCAGGCCGCGGUGACAGCAUGUUGUCUGUGCCGGAUAUAUUUCCAAAAUUUAUCUCGCUGCAGGCCGUCGCUGUGGAUCCUGAGGGCCAAGAUCCAAUGCAAUUGGAAAUCUGUUUGGGGAUGCCCGUGUGUUGCUAUCCCAUGGGCGCGCGAAUCUGUCUGGAAGUUGGUCAAAGGUCUGAGCACUCGGAACAGGAGUUUGUCAUCACCUGCAGUAAAGGUACCGGAAACUACAUGCUGCACAAAGUCAAUGAAGAUGAAGUCGAUGAUCCCUGGCAUGGCUCUUUGUCUCUGCCCAACUACAGUCAGUUCAAGGAUCAAGUGAACGACUACGAUUUGAAGUGCAACAACCACAUCUACCUGGCACCCUGCAAAAUCAAGGCAGGGGACAAGGUCUUGCUCUUGGAACAGAACCAGUGGGUGAACGCCAAUAUCAACGAGUCACAAAGGGAGGCGCUUGGGGGGGUCUGCGCACUUUUGGGUGGUUUCAAUGGAUAUGAGCGCUUUUCGGGGUUCUAA